AAGAAAGGUGGAGUAACAGUGAGAGCAAGCAACGAAAGGGAAAAUAGAGGCGAGGAAGAAGAAAGGAGAAAGAUGAACAAGAAGAAGAUCUUCAGCCUAGCGAAGGGUUUCAGGGGAAGAGCGAAGAAUUGCAUAAGAAUUGCGAGGGAGAGAGUGGAGAAAGCUCUUCAGUACUCUUACAGAGACAGGCGCAACAAGAAACGUGAGAUGAGGGGUCUCUGGAUCGAGCGGAUCAACGCGGGCUCUCGUCAGCACGGAGUGAACUACGGUAACUUUAUCCAUGGACUGUCGAAGGAGAACGUCCAGCUAAACCGGAAAGUCCUCUCUGAGUUAUCUAUGCAUGAACCUUACAGCUUCAAAGCACUCGUUGACGUCUCCCGCAAGUCGUUCCCUGGAAACAAGAACGUGGUCCAAGCGCCUCGGAAAGUAGACAUUUCAUCUAUCAAUGCCUAA